AUGAUUAAAGGUCUUGAUGUGAAUGGGUGGCGGCGAUGUCUUAAAGGAAUGGCGAGGGAGAGAGAGAGAGAGAGAGACCACAGCUGAAAAGGUAUCAACUCUAAAAGGUUUUAAUUUCUUUCGACAGUUAAGUCGUCUUCUGCAAAUUCCCAAAACGAUCGCCGCAACCUCUGAGCGCGGGGGAGAGAGAGAGAGAGAGAGAGAGAUGGAAACAGGAAAGGUGGUAGUGGAGAGAAUCCGAGGGAAAUCAACGGUGACCCGGUGCUUCUCUAAGUACCCCCUCAAAUUCAUCAUCCCCAAUAAGGUGGGCAUUAGUUCCCGAACUGAUGCUGUUUGGAUAUACUCUCUCACUUAUGGCGGCGGCAUUGUCUCCGGAGAUUCUAUUUCAUGUCAUUUGACAAUUGGAGAUAGUUGCACCACUGUUUUGACUACCCAGGCCUCCACAAAGGUUUACAAGUCCAUUGGAUUGAAGUGCUCUGAGCAAUUCUUGGAGGCAAGAGUAGGAAGAAACGCUCUAUUGGCUGUGAUUCCAGAUCCAGUGACAUGUUUCUCCACUGCAAAGUACUUCCAAAAACAAGUUUUCACUGUGGCUUCUGAUUCAAGCUUGCUUAUUGUUGAUUGGAUUACUAGUGGGCGUCAUGAAAGUGGAGAAAGAUGGGACUUUGAACUAUAUAAAAGCACCAAUCACAUCUUCUUAGAAGGCAAUCAGCCUUUGUUUCUUGACUCGAUAUUACUGGAAAAAGGAAGUAGCACUGCUCUUGAUGAACGCAUGCAAGGCUAUCAAGUUCUUGCUAUGGUCAUACUCUUGGGGCCAAAAUUACAGCAAGUUCAAAACCAAGUUCAAGAACAUGUGAGGAAGAUAAUGUCAAAGCAGUUGCAUAUACCUUCCUCUUCCUUUGGACGCGAUGGGAACUCAGAUACUGAUCAUUGCUUGACCAAACCAGACUUUAUCGCUUCGUGUAGUGUCUUUGGCCCUAAGGGGGUAGGUGUUGUAGUACGAAUAGCAGCUAUGACAACUGAAUCAGUUUACAGGUUCCUACAGCAUCAAUUUGUUAGCUUGGAGUCUCUGCUUGGGGCUUCGCCAUAUUGUUGACCAUAAAAACGUUAUGCUUUUGUGAUGGCUUAAGCCCUUAAAAUUGUGGCAAGACUCAUCUAAUCAGUUCAAGCAUCAAACUCUUAACCAAUGUUAGUGAGUGACACAAGGUGGAAUACUAAUGCAUUCUUCAGAAGAUUCGCCUGUAGAAAUUGUUUUAGUAUGUAACUUUGUUGCAAGCAUUCUGAUCUAUCUCUUCCUCGUGUUGCUUCUAGCAAAGCGAAGCGAUGUCAACUGUAAACUGAUAUCCUGCAUUUUGUGCUCAGUUACACUCAAUCCAAUGGUAUGGAAAUGUUGAACAUUUUUGAAGUUUGA